GGGUCGGAUACGACAAACGCGACGCCGCGAUAGUCUCGUCUCGUCUCGUCUCGUCUCGUCUCCCCCGAGCCACCCUUACUACCCUGCGAAACGAACGUCAUCAGCAGCAUCGUCGAAUCGCGCGCGCUCUCCUUCUCUCUCUGUCUCUCUCUCUCUCUCUCGCCGUCAAUUCGAGAGGCGCCGAGCGCACGAGGGAUUCGUACGCGAGCGGAAGAGACGUCACACCGCCGCGUCUCAUCGCGUCCGCGCGUCUCGCUCGGAAAUUCUCUCGUUUCAACCCCUUCGACGACCGACCGCGGGCUUUCGUGGACGCGCGAGUAUACAUGCCGUGAUGCCGCGGGGUGAGCGAUGCGGACCGCCGAGAGGACUCGCGUCCGAGGGUGCUCCGAUCUCGUCCUGACGAUAACAGCCUCGUGUAUCAUCCAUCCUUGGUAGACGCUAGUGGUGCUGCAUUCGGUUGAAUAAUGUUGUUGUGAGUGAGAGAAAACCCUGAUCGACGUGGUGGAUCGAGGUACGCGCGGAUGGAUCGGGGAUACGUCUUUAGAGAUUGUGCCGGCUCCGUCUGUUCGCGAUUUUGAGGGGAAAAAGACGAGCGACGCGCGAGACCGUACUCUGUAUCCUCCUCUCGAGCGCAAGUGUGUGCGGCGUGUAACACGUGUGACAGUUACCCGUGGGAUACCACCGUGGAUUAUACGUUUCUUCGACCGCAAAGGGGUGGUGGUUGGAGGCGUCGUGUGCGGGAUUAUAUAUAUACACAUAUAUAUGUACCAGUGGUUCUCUUCGGUGCACCUUACGGCGAAUUUAUCCCUAAAGGAUAUGUCGGUAUAGUGCUCGCGUACGGAUCGGAUAGCUACGAUGGCCGGAUACUACAGUGCGCUCAAUACGGAUUUCGCUCCGGAAUCGGCGCCGAGAAUGCGGCGAUCUGCGAUCGAUACUAUUGGGGAUGCCGGGAAGUCCUCCGGAUGCGCGAUAAUGAAGUCGCAAGUGAGCUUCCCGCGACCGUCCACCGAUACGAAGCCAUUCUGCAAAACAAACAGGAAUGCAAGCAGAAAAGUCGGACGAAGAACAGCACCGUUAAUAAUUUAUCUCUCGCUGCUGAUGACAAUAGAAGCGAAGACAGUGGCAGCUACGAACAUGACAAACGCGUCGUCCAUAAUGGCGUCGACGCUGAAACCGUUUACAACGACGGAAGUAGUUUAUCAGCGAUUCGCCAUCGAGCCAAUGGAUCAAACCGCGGUGAUUGGCAGUCGGGUGACACUUCCAUGCCGAGUACUCGAUCAGAAAGGGCCCAUUCAAUGGACCAAGGACGACUUUGGCUUGGGAGCGGUUAGGAAUCUCACCGGAUACGAGCGAUACGCCAUGAUCGGCAGCGAUGAAGAAGGCGAUUUUUCGCUACACAUAUAUCCGGUGGAACUCGAGGACGACGGCACGUAUCAAUGUCAGGCUUCACCGACGAACGACGGACAGCCGGCUUUACGAUCGAGAUUCGCCAAGCUGAGCGUGCUGGUGCCACCGCAGAAGCCGAAGAUCACGCAGGGUGACUUCCUCAUAACUACCGAGGAUCGCGAGCUAGUGAUCGAGUGCAUAAGCGCCGGUGGAAAACCGCCAGCGGAGAUCACGUGGAUCGAUGGACUGGGCAACGUGCUACAUCGUGGCAUCAAAACCACGAAGGAGCCGUACGAAGGACACGGUCCGCUGAUAAAUGUAAGAUCCAUCCUGAGAGUGAUGCCGCGGAAGGAUCACGACAACACAACCUUCACGUGCCAAAGUCAAAAUGCCGCGGACCGUACGCCGCAAAACGCCAAACUUCGCGUCGAGGUACGUUACGCACCAAAGGUGUCCCUUUCCAAGAUCGAUCGCAUCGUCGAAGGCUCCGAACUUAGGUUCAAAUGUAACGCCGAGGCAAAUCCAUCCAACCUGGAAUACAGAUGGUUUAUCAACAAGAAAAAGGUCAUUGGGGACUACACCACGGAAAUGAUUAUUCACAAUGCGACUCGCGAGCUACACGACGCUACCGUGAAAUGCGAAGUUUCCAACGAUGUCGGCAAAAGUGAGGAAAGCCAAACCCUGGAUAUAAGAUACGGCCCGCAGUUUCGGCACCCGCCGGUCUCCGUGGAAACCCAUUACGGCGCCACGGAGAUUUUGCAGUGCGACGUAGACGGGAAUCCGACGCCGGAGAUUUUGUGGUACCACGAGGACUCGGAGCGAACGGUUGCCACGAGCCCGAAUAUAAGUGUCGUUGUCAGUCCUGACACAGCCGGUCGUUACUACUGUAAAGCCCGCGUGCCUGGUUUCCCAGAAUUGACCGGUUUCGCCAACGUCUAUAUUCGCGCUCCACCGACCAUAGUGUCACAGAGGACUCAAUACGUGCCCGACGAAGGAGUGGUCAAGGUUAAGUGCACCGCGAUAUCCGUGCCAAAAGCGGAAUCGGUGGUGUGGAGCUUUGCCGGCCGCGAGCUCAAUUUCACGUCGAACAAUACGCCGUUCUAUGUGCAAGAGGAAUACAUGGCAGAGAGAGUAGUCAGCACUGUCACCCUGCUGGAUCCCAUAUCAACGUAUUUCGGAGAUUACAAUUGCACAGUAACAAACAGCUUCGGCACGGAUUCCGUCAUCAUCAAGCUGACAGCACAUAUCGAUUGGCAACUGAUCUUGAUCAUUGGUGGCCUGAUUGUCUGCGUGAUCCUCAUUGGAAUAAUAGUCAUACUCAUUCUACAAUGCCGCGAUCGCAUUAAGCAGCCACGACCGCGGACGACGCAAACUCAAGAGACUGAUAUGCAAGAGACCGAUUCCAACGCUGAUCGAUACAGAGAAAGCGAUAGGAGCAGCAACCUCUCGGAUGUCAAAGCGGACAUUCGAGCGGGAUCUAGUGUCAGCAACGCGGAAAGUGUCACGGCUCUUGACAGUGAAGGUGAAGGAAGUACCAGGGGAGUGAACGCCUUGGCGCUUGCUGGGCCGGUGCCGAAUCCAUUAUCCGGUUAUCGUUACAGUGCCGAUUACACCGAGCCAUCUUUUCCACCGAAAAAUAACGAUGGUAGUAACAACAACGGUUACGUACCAUACGUUGAUUACACUCGCGAUUACAUGCCGCCGACGACACAGAGCGUGGGCGCCUCACGAGAAUCCUUGAGUAGGAUAUCGUCAAGUGGUAUUCUGUCAUCGAAAAAAAUUGGACUCAGCUCGGCCAAUUUGGGCACCUCGACCCCGCAGACAACGCCAGUGAUUGAUCCACGAUUUUCUGCGACAUACGGCAAUCCCUACCUCAGAAUGUCAGCGGCCGAGCAGCUCCGACACGCGCCGCACACAGCCGUGCCGGGAGUCACGCCGGCACCGCCGCCGUACACGCAGGCAAUGAGAAUGAAUAGCUUGAAUACCUUAAACGGCGCUGGCCCGCAGGUUGGUACAAUGGCCCCAUUAUCAGCGCACUAUAUCACCGGCGGUCCGAACGGCGCCAUGGCAACGGUAAAGCGCACGUCUGCAGUAGGCACGUUAGCGACGCACGUAUGAGGCCAGGGGAUCUAUCCGAAUUAGAACCGUCGAUACUCGGGCCUAACUGAAACCACCUUCGAACUCGGCCGUGCCUUCGAGACGCCCCGCUAUUCGCUCGGUUCCACACGCUUGAGCGCAACGGCGGGAUCGGCAACGCGCGAUGCGCGACGUCUUAUUGAUGGAUCGGAACGAAGCCAAUAUCGUUACGACGAAAUCCGCUACGCUCACGACACGGAACGUUAUAGAGCGGAAUGCGAGCGACUUCUCGGGCGAAGGUCACGGGGCAGCAAGGGUCACGGCGGGGUCACGGACCGAGCACAACGAAUGACCGAGAACGGCGAGGCGCUCAAAUACAUCGAGCUGGUGCUUCGGCAGCUACGGAGAGCCAGCAGAGAUCAUCAAGAGCUCGUGCGACAACGUCACGUGGACUUCCAAUACGAGAUCAAUAAGCAGAUCAACGAGAGAGCCUGGCAUCAGUAUCAUCGAGAGAGACGUGAGGAUUCGACAGACGUGCCUAGAACUUGGUCCAGGUCCUCGAGCAGUCCGUGGGAAUCGGACUUGACCUUGAGGAAAGCGCGGCCAGACGUUACGACGAGGUUGCUAACGAAGAGGAGGAAUUAUGGUGGAACGGCGCAGAGCACAGUCGAUAUUCUCGGACCAGGUCCUGCGCGAUCACACAUCCAGGACGGAAUAACCGCGGCCGCUUACCAAGAGAUGAAAUAUAUUCCUGAAAGUGUCGACUGGAAGGAAACGCGGGAAGCGUUUGGUGCGUGGAGUCUGCCUGAACCCUCAUCGAGCAAUGAUCAAAGGACAUCCUCCACCGUCAUUUAGCGUGGGAAAUAUUGGCUUUGUGCAGGUGGAAUUCGCCGAUUCUCACAAAGGCUGCGGAAGAGCAUGGAAAAAUUCAGAAAAUCGAGAUGUGAAUCGGAGGCUCUCUCGUAACAGGAGAAGAAAGCAUUGACGUGAAAAUGUCAAUGAGCGCGACUCGUUCGUGUUAAUGAUACGCUUGCGCUUGAACUGCACCUGAAAUCAAACUAUCUCGCUGCGGUAGUGAACGUUGAAGAGAAACCGGCCGGUGCGGAAGGGACGCCGAUAUCGAAGGGAACGGACGUACUCUCCUUUUGGGUCAAUAAGAUUAGAUUUUUAGGAAGAGGAGCGCCGUGAGUGGUGUGCUCGGAGGAGGUUCGUGAGUACGAAGGGGGGGGCGAUGUUGGUUGGGUUCGUGGAUCGAAGGUACUACUCUUCGGUCGGUGGCGAAAACAGACCACUCGGUAUCGACAAUCUUCUAUUGACGUACUUUAGAUCUUCUAUAUAAUAAGCGUUUAAUAAAACUCGCUCGAGCGGAAAGCGACGAGAGACGGAAAGUCCGAACGAAUCACGUCGCGAAUUGUUGCUGUCGCGGUGGUGGCCGAAUACCGGGAAAUAAAUCAACAUCGUACAACGCGAUUACUCUCGCGAGACGUCAAAGGGUCUUUUUAAGACUGAGAGCUUUAUCGUCAGAUGUCGUUUUCUCGGUAAUUCGCAAGAGACGCCAACCGAAGCUGGGUUUACAUCUGAUAUCCACAGCGUGACAGUUCCGUUUGACAUUUUUCCGAUUAAUGAAAAAAUAAUUUUUGAGAUUUCUCUUUUCAGAAACUCGUUGCGAAUCUUACUUUGCUCAUUAGCAUUCUCUCACUGUGAUGCAACGUUCGAGAUAUUUCAACGUUCACGUUGCAUUCACCGGUCAUACGCGAACGCAACGGAUGUCAGGCGUAAACCUACCGUAACGGGGAACGUCUUGGCUGCCACUUCGAUGUUUACUGUGUCGCGCUGCCUUUUUGUAUUUGUAGGGAAAAAUAAAACAGAGAGAUUAGCUUGUAAGGGAUGUUCUCGUGCAGCAUCCGCGGACUAAGGGCGCACGUUAAGGAUAAUGACGACGCCGCGGCGGUCACGUGGCUUACGUGGCUCACAACAAGCCGCGAUAAGUUCGUGACUUCGCGUUUCCUCCGGCCUCAAGUUCCACGUGCGACGGGCAGGUAAUAGUAGCGCGAGUCCGCGCGAAGGGAUCGAUACACCGUGUGUUUUGCGGUUGUUCGCAUUUGUAAAAUAGAUAGCGAAAUCAUUAGUAUAUAUAUAUAUAUAUAAUAUAUAUAUAUAUAAAUAUAUUAUACACCUGUUGUCAAUAUGAGCAUAGGGCCUAUAUAUAGUUUGUCGGCACUACGUGAAAGCGAAUUCUAUUUGAAAUAAGCUCGUUCGCGGGAUGGGACGGCUUUGUGUAAAUAACUAUUGAUAAAUGAUUAUUAUAUACAUUAAAAAAAAA